AUUUGCCGUAGCAGCAAAAGGAAACUAAUACAGUAAAGAAUCUUCAGAACAAUUCUUUCUCUUGGAUCUAGACAUAAUCUGAGGCAUUUUACUUUUGGGUGAAAUUACUCUUUUUUUUUCUUCCAAAAAGUAUUGACUGUUGAGUUCAUAAUUCUGCUUAGUAACUAGUCUGGUUAAGGAAGUACUUGUGAUAAUUUGAUUGCAUUAUAUUUUCUUUUUAUCUCUGAUCACAUUCUUCCCUGUAGUCAUAUAUUUUAAGGGGCAUGACUUAUACCCUUGGAAAUUAAUUCUGUCACAUGUACCUAUCAUACUUUGCUUGCCCUUUCUUCUUGAGUUGGAAACUAAAGUAAACAAAAAUUAGCGCUCCCUGCUGGUAUAUAUAGUGCCAUGAGUAUCGCUCUUGUAAUGACCUCUUUAUGGAAUGAAAUUGUAGACUUGUGGAGUAAAUGCUUAUUUAAUUUUACAAAAUAUUGACUAAUUGUUCUUCACCAUGGCUACAUAAGUCAUUUUAGAUCAUGAGGAUUCCUUUUUUUACCCAUAUCUUUAUAAUCAUUUUUUUACCAAUUUUUUUACUAUUUUUUUUACCAAUAUGAUACAUGUAAAAUAGUAUCUAAUUUUUGUUUUGCUAACAAGGCUGAGCAUUUCUUGAUAAAUGUGCCUGCCAUUCAGUGGCUGUAAGAGGCUGAGCCCCUGGUGAGUGAGGGGAAUGUGCAGAGGCAGUGCCUACUGGGACCAAAGAAGACAGAAGGAGGCCAUAGAUUAUGGCCUGGUUUUAGUCCAGCUGCUGUGGUAGAAGUAAAUACAGAUUGUCCCUACGGGAGGGGGUGUAUGCAGUGGUAGAUGGGAGAUAGGAUGGAGCUAACCACAGAGUUCAAACCCUAUACAGAGCCCCGCUCCUUCCAGAGGACAUAGACUGGGGCCUGGAACAGUAGCCUGUAGAAUGAGACCUUCAUGCUUGAGGACAAGCUUCAUUAUGUCAUCCAGGGAAUGUAAAUGUAAUCCAAGGGCUUAACUUUCCCCAAAUCUCUUGGGAAAUAAUUAGAAAAAAGAGUAGCAAAAGAGACAACGGCUUGUUGUCACAAUACAUAAGACUAUUCCCGGGAGUGGGGAAUGUCAAUACAUUUUAGGGUUGUAUAGGAUUAUGAGAUGUCCUCAACUGCAUAUGUAUAUACCAACAUAUACCUUACAUAUAACCAUUUCACAUAAGUUAAAUAGUACUGCUAAUAAGAUCUAAUGUCAACUCUUUUCUACCAUUCAGACCUAGUUCUCUCAGGUACGAUUUUAAUAUCUUCUACAUGGGGAGAUUUAGUAAUGCGGUUACUGUAGAUACAUAAAAGAAUGUUCUUUGUUUGAUCCAAGUCAUGUCUAGUUUUGAUAUCAAGUGCAAAGUUCACAAAUUCAAGCCACUGAUGGGGUUUUCACUGGGGGGAAAGCAAUUGCUCUAGUCAGUGGGUCAUGGCACUCCUUCUGUCCUGUGAGUACCAGCUGUGUCCCUGGGGUGCACUGAUGUAACGCAUAGGUCACAGAAUUCUGAUGCUGACUUGCAUCAUAAUAGUCCUGAUGGUGUACUGAGCACUGGUCAAGACAGUGAUUUAGUGAGGAGGUAACUUCUCAAGUGAGUUGUUGUUCUUGAAUAUACUGAUUUGAUUCUCUGUUAUUUUCCACUGACUCUCUGAGAGCAGAGUUUCAGGGAGAAAGGUAUUGAUUUGAGUCACUCUGAAGAGGUGAACCAUGAAGCAGAAACAAAAAAGGAAACAUCUGGAAAGUAUAUACUUUCCCGAAACUUCCAAGAAGUCAAGAGCAUAUAUGAAUUUAAAAGUUCUGCAUCAUGGACACAAGGGAAUGGCCCCAACUCAAGACCAGAUAGCAAGGGGAGAUUCUUCCUCUUCAGAUUACUUCUCCUGCAUCUCUUCAGAAAACAUGUUUGCUGGUGCUGGAAUCCCAAAGUCACACAAAUAUGAUCCACCACCUGAGUCUUCUUUGGAAGACAGUACUCUGGUCUCUGAGGCAAAAGAUGGACACUCUGAAUUGAAAUACUUCUCCUGUAACUCCUCCUUUCACCAUCACCCUUAUGUUGAGGUCUUAAAAUCAGGUGAAGACUCUUCACAUUCUGGACCCUCUAGGUUGGUCCAGUUCCACAACCAGAUGGCAAAGGUUUCAGGCUCAGAACAGAUCUUCGGUGUCCCUUCUCCAGACAGGCCCAUUCACAGUGAAGUCACGAAAGGUCAAGAGGAUGUCCCUCCUGCUGAGUCAUGUGUAGUGGUCCCUGCCUGCAAUCAGGCAGCAGAAGAAAAGUCCUCUGUCUCAGAAUACUUUUCCUGUGUUUCCUCUGUACGCAAGCUCGUUCCUGUUGAUGAGUGUGGAAUCCAUCAGUUACAUCAAGGUGUUUCUUGUCUUCGAUACCAGUUGGAGACUUCCUCCCCCUUUCCACACGUCUCCUUCCCAUUCCAUUUGGUCAGUGAUACUAAGUCCUCUUUUACCUCAGAAGACACGAAAGAGGAAAGGCUCAUGAAAAUUUACUAUAUGCGUGUCCAGAUGAAAAGGGGAGUGGCUGCCUUAUGUGACACAGAGGAAGGACUGGAGCCUCCCUCAAAGAAGACAAGAAUGGAAGAAAUGACCUUUCUUGAAAAGAGCCCUACAGAAGCCACCCUCUCUUAUGUGGGUACGAAGGAACUCCUGACUGACAGUGAGUCAAGCUGGAACAACGAAGACCAAGGGGAACAGGAGGAGGUUGAGAGUCCAGCAGAACCUCCAGCUGUAGAUGAGUGUUCCAGGGCCAAGACGCCCGAAUGGCUGGUGUCCCAGGAUAGUGGUGUCAGGUGCAUGGGCUGCUGCCGGGUCUUCCCCACCUUAGAAGUCCUCCAGCAGCACGUGCAGCAUGGGAUCAGUGAGGGCUUUAGCUGCCGUACUUUCCAUCUUACCUUGACUUGGCUGAAGAGCAAGAAGAGCAGGAUAGAGAAGAAGAGGAGGAGGAAGAGGGAGAAAGUCAGGAAGAUAAUGUUCCAAUGCCAGAAAGGAAAGCAUUUUGGCAUGAAAUCUUCACACAAAUAAACAGACUGUUUUUCAGCCCCUAAGAGGAAGUAGAGUAGGCCUUACUCUACUGAGGGGGCUUCAUCUUCUCUAAACAGCCCUAAUACCCACUGUUGUUUAUUUACACCCACCCCCACCCUCACCACUAUCACACACCACCCAUAGGAGCAGAGACCCAUUUUCACUUUUACCCACUCCUCUCCCAAGAAGGAGGAAGAAGAAGGGAGGUCACACCUUGCGGAACAGCAAGAUGUUCUUGAGCCAACGAAAGAACAGUGAACACCAGUAUAUCAUCGCCACCAUUACAGUUGAGAAAAAAAAGACUCACUGGAAGGUGGCAACUGCUAGGGGCCAAAUUGUAGAAGAGGUGAGGGCCCUUGGGGUAAGAGAGCACCUCAAGGGUAUUUGGGAUUCAGGGUUCUGAGAAAAGGUGGCAGCCAGCAGAGAUGCCUCCCGAGGUUCUCCAGUAACUGUGAUGAUGAAUUUCCUUCAGAAGAAUAUAGACUUGAAAGUGGAAUUAAUUAGUGAGAAUGCUUCCUUUUUAUGUCUUUUGAGGAGACAGGAGUAAAGACAGACCAGUCUGGUAGUUCAGUAGGUCAGACAAGCCUGGGCCCAUCAUUCCUAGGUAAACCAAAUGUCUUGGGAGUCACAUCCACCCUAAAUAUAUUCCUGGGCCUGCCUCCCUUUCAAGAGGCACAGGGCUUAGCAGGGACAAAUAUUGUCUCCUAGAGGAAGGGUUGGUACACAGGCCAGUCUCCCUAGGUGUGAGUGAGAUCUCAGGUGUCAUAUUGUGAGUUGCAUACCUUGAGGAAUCUGCUGGGGAGUUACAACCACUUGAGAGAAACAACCAAUGGAAUCCUUUUUUUGUUGUUUUGUUGUUGCUGUUUUACCUCUUUGGUAUAUACUAUUUGCCUGUAGUUCUGGUUGCUUUCUCUCAAGUGUCAGAUGCAACUGGAGGAGGAGAGGGAUUGAGGGUACCCUUCUGCCAAGGAUCCUUUCUGGAAGCUUUUAAUGUGUUGCUUCCUGGAGGAUCCUCAUAUUCUUUUAUGAAAGUGCACAGUCCCCACAUCUUAUUCUUUAUUUUUGCUGCAGUAUCAAGUGCCUUGUUCUAAGGGAUCUAUAGAGGGGUUAAACAUAGAUGAAACUACAAAGACAUUGCAAAGCCAGCUUCACACUACAACGAAUGGGUGUAUGUCUUUUUAGUUAAUGGGACGAAGGAAGGGCUCAUUUUCCAUGCUCCAGAAAUCAGUUAGACUGUAGCCUGGGAAUGGCCCCAAAUUUUCUGAAUAAUGUAGAGUGAGUGAGGACUUAUCACUAAAAUAAGAAAAGCUGCCUUCCUCACUGAAGGGACCCUCUUCUCUGUUUUGGUUUUCUCACAGCAACAGAGACCUAUGGCCCAAAGAUUUCAAGUGAUGGUAUCCAGUACCUUCCUACAGUCUGAUGGGAGCACAAAAGUUCUCGUGAGCCCCAUAGCAGGGAGGGCUAGCUGUAGAUGGAUGUCCCUGAUCCUUUGCAGCUGCUCCCAAGUUACCCUGGUAAAAUGUGGUGCCCGUGUCUGGAGAAAAUAUCCACAUGGACCUGUGAGGAGCCCGAGGAACACCAGGAAUACUGUGCACUCAGGAGAUCUGCAAGACAACUUUCCUGCCCCUGCCAGCCCACCUCACCCCUCCAGGAGUCCGAUGCCAUUGCAGACAUCUGCAAGGUUGCCUUGUGGAGAAGAGGGCGAUAUCCCUAGAGAAAUCGUAGUACUGUGGAAAGCACAUUUCUCAUACCUAGACCUUUCACCGGUGCAACAGAAGGUUGAUGAGGACUUGGCAGGACUCCAGGGAGGAGAUUGCUAACUUAACAGAAGGUUUAAAAGGAUAUGUCAGUUUCUUUCCCAGUCUCAGAUCUACUUGUAGCUUCUCAGGUCCCUUUCAUUUAGUGGAGGCUUGACCACCUGGCUUGUAGUCUUAUUCUCUAGCCCAGCUGUCGCUCUUCAACCCACCAAAUGUAUUCCCCUCCUCCAUACCUUCUAUCCAGAAUACAUGUAGCAGAGCAUGAACACUGACGGAUACAGAUGGUACAGAUUGUCAUCCAUACCUUUUCACCCACGCAUUCCCACCAACAUAGUCUUUGUUAACAACUUGACUUAUUUUUCGAUAUCUUUUUCUUUAAACGCACAUAUACCUUUCCCCUACCUUUCUCUAACAUGCUCACCCACACAGUUAUUUGCCUGGGGAGCCAUUCUUAUCAUUGAGACAGGAAAAGCUAGUGUACAGACGAAACCAAAAGUAAAGAAAACCCACUCCUUGGCUUUCAUGAGCUCGUGCACGUGUAGGUGUACACACACUUCUUACAUGAUCAAAGUAGGAAGGAUGGAACGUAUGACAAACAUCAGAGACGAUCAAGUAUAUGUACCCAAGGGUGUCCCAAAAGUCAUAGCGCACUUUCAAGCUUAAUCAUUUUAGAAACCUAAAAGCUACCAAUUUUUGAACAAUAUAAUUUGCAUGUUGAAUUAUUUGCAUGCCACUUAACACUGUAAUAAUACAUUUUCAAAGAUAAAUUGUAAUUUUUCUUUGUCAUCUGCCAUCUUCAGUCAGAGGGACAGAUACACACAAAAAAUGUUUUUAAAGCAUUAGUGACAGUUCACAAAGCUAUAUAAGGGAAAUUAAAAUAGUUCAACUUUCAGAUGGUGGUGUUUAUAAUUUGUAGCUUUUGCAGUUCUGGUAUUACUAAAGCUUAAAACUGACCUAUGGCAUUUGGGACACCUAUAUGUAUAUAUACAGUAUAUCCAGGUGUGUGUAAUAUAUAUACAGAUACACAUCUCUUCUAUAUAUAUGUAUAUGUCAUAUAUAUAUAUGAUUAUCUUGAAACUAUUUUUAUGUCUAUUGCCCCUAUGGAUAUGUACAUAUAAGAAGUGUGUGUGUACCCGUGUGUCAUAGAAGGGGUGGAUUAUAGUUGCUUUUGCUUUCAUCUGUGUAAUUCUUUUUCCUGCUUCCUUUGAUAAGAAGCUCUACUUUCUGGCCACAAAUAUAUGGGCAAGUAAGUCAGACUAGUGAAGUCCUUACUUCGCUACUUGGCUUCCAUGAUUCACCCUGGGAAUAAUCAUCAGUCUGGGUUGUACUGAUAGCUUGGAAAAUUAAAAUAGAGGAGCUGGAGACUGGGGCAAUUGGUGGGGAGUUCUCCUUUGUCUGCAACUCAAGGUCUAUGAGCCUCUAUGACUGGACACGCUUCAAUUCCUCCUUUUUAGAAGACCUGGCUGUUUUAACUAUUAGUCUAAUAUGCUAAGCACCCCCACUAACCACUUCAAUAAAUUCUUGUUUUGUUUCCAUUA